AUGCUUCAAAGACCCCGUGAUCUAUUGACUGCUCACGACAUUUUCCCAGCGAGCUCUGUUCCUUACUAUUAUCGCUACCAAUAUCGCUACCGUCAGUUGCACGAAUCUCCUCAUACUCACAACUUGGCUAUCGGGCGGGUAAAACCGAACCGUCACUUCCAGAAGAAUUACCUUGACUCCUUUGAACAUACUUGGAACACGACCAAAGCGAAAAUCGUGGCCCAGUGGGAGCGGAUCAACUGCCGUCGUGAACAUCGCCUCAAGCGAAGCAUGGUCAAGAAGUUGACCUCAUCAUCCAGGAGUGACUUUACGAAGCUGCAGAUACCAGGACCGACAAGCGCCGGUGACUCGCAGAGUAGAAUAGCUUGUCCCGACUAUACCCUAGCUGGGCACUCGCUUAUAGUUAACGAUACUAGAUCUGUUGACCUAGACUCCGAGAAAUGCCUGGGCGAGCUUAGUGUAUACAGGGAAGAAAUCAGUAUACAUCACGAGGGGUAUCAUACUGGCGAAUUAUCACAGCAGGAUUCUCGAGCAGUCGGUCUUAUGGAGGGUGAAAAGCAGGCACGCGCUGCUCGAGAACUCAGCCAUUGUCAACUCAACCACGAGAGUGAGAGAGGACUGACGCCUGAUCAGUACGUGGCCAUUAAGAAGCAAGAGGCUGUUGCUAUUGUAAUGGCUAAGUUCAACCGCUGGUUUGAUAAGAAGCUCGCCAUUAUUUCCUGGUCAUAUGUCGUGACAAGUCUUUCUCAUGCAUGUGAAGCGUCCGAAGCUUCGGGUAGCUCCACCGGUAGUUCUACGGAAACCAAUUCCGGAAGUAGUAGUUCUGGGCAGGGUCAAUCAGGCCCUUCAACUCGAACGAAACGUCGAUUGGGUGGAGAUGACCAGGACAAUUCUUCAGCCGGGGGCGAUGAAGACGAUCCGGAUAGAGGGGACAGUAAGCGCGCGAAGAAAGAUGUAGAGUCAGAGCGAAAGUUCGCAUGCCCUUUUUACAAAAAUGACCCAAAGGCGCAUAGAAAGCAUCGAAGCUGUGCGGGACCGGGCUGGACCUCGCUUCAUCGCUUAAAGGAGCAUCUGUACCGCGCUCAUCGACUGCCGAAACAUGUUUGCCCUAGAUGCUACGAUUCCUUCGAUGACGGCAAGGAUCUAGCUGAUCAUAUCCGAGCUCUCGUGCCUUGCAAGAUAUUAGAUAUUGUUCUAGUACUUCAAGGUAUCGACGAGGUCACCGAAGCAAAGUUAAAAGUGCGAAGGAAGAACUGCCCCGGCAUGACUGAUGAGCAGAGAUGGGCAGAAAUUUACAAGAUCCUGUUUCCAAACGCUAACCUUAACGCAAUGCCAACUCCCUAUUAUGACGGCAAUGACUCCCUAGGAUUCUCCAAACGCGCUGAAUGGAAAAAGGUUGAGACGCGACUUAAGAAAGAGUUGCCUAAGUACGUACAGAAGAAAGUGGAAAGGUCAUUCGAGAAAGUACAGGUCGAUAUACUUGUCGGUCUUCCUGAUAUCAUUCGCGAUGGGCUGUUCGAAUUCUUUAAAGACCUCACACAGAAUGAUCGGUCGGCAUCGGCAACUCCUGCUGCGACGCCAAGGGCUCGUACGCCCGGCUCCCCUGCUGCAAGGGAACAACCUGCUCCGACCAGUAACGAAAAUGGUGACUCCUUGUUGGAUUUCUCGUCUCUGUUUGACCCUACUACGUCGUUUCCAAUUCCAAUCGGCGCGUUUAGUGACAUUGACAUACAAUUUGACUUUCAUAAUUCUAACAAUUGUUCCCUUUUCGAUGAAAAUUCGGACUCCGGCUAUGCUUCCACCAGUACUGGAUGGGAUGGGACUAUUGAGACGGGUAUUUGAGAGUUUAGGAAAUGGAUACUUAUACCUGGUGGUUCGCGUGCGAUUCGUUUAAGCGCACUUUUACACUCUUUAAUAACGAUCUCUUAUGUAUCUGUCAUUUUUCCUGUGACCGCGGGGAUAUUAUGGAGACUGAAUUUGAACCUCUUGCCUUUAUGAGAGGAUUCAAUACUCAAAGUAUAUAAGGAAUGGAGUGUGUUCAUUCAUAU